GGCGCAGUGUUGUCCGUCCCGCGCGCAGCGAUCAGCGUCCUUCUGACACGAGCAUGGAGACGCCGGAGGGUUUUAGGAUAGUGCGGGCGCAGCCAUCGGACCGCGACCGCGUGGAGCGGCUGGCGAGGACCGCCUUCUACCCGGACGAGCCGAUGAACGUCGCUCUGGGCAACACCAGGGGGCCGCCCACGGACCAGCUGCUGUUCCUCUCGGCGCUCGACGAACCUCACUCGCUGAUCGCCGAGGACGCCAGCACCGGAGAGGCCGUCGGCAUGUGCAUCAACGGCAUCGUCUCGCCCGAAGUCCACGAGAAGAAGAAACAACUACAGCCGCAGGACGAAGUGCUGCGCACGGUGCUGCGCGUGCUGCGAGCGGUGUGGGCCGAGGCGGACGUGUGGUCGCGGACGGCUGCUCGGAGCGCGCUCGAGGUGCGCAUCCUGGCCGUGGCUAGUUCGGCGCGCGGCCGCGGCCUGGCUGCGGCGCUGUUAGCGGAGUCGCUGCGGAUGGCCAAGGAGGAGUUGCGGCUGCCGCUGGCGCUCAUCCUCUGUACCAGCGCAUUCUCCGCCAAGCUGUCGCAGCAAGCGGGCAUGCGGCUCGUCUACGAGAAGCCGUACUGCCAAACCGAUAUGCCGGCGCAGCCGCCACAGCCGCACGACAGGAUCGCGAUUUACAUGCUGGACCUGCAGCAGUAGCAGGUAUUGCAAAAUUGCCGUAACUACCCGAGUGUAGGCAGUGAUGGACUAAGGCGAUCUUCUCCAGCGACAUUUGUAGGAACAUGAAAACAAAAAGCACAAAAUGUAUUUAGACGCUUUCUUGCUCUCACAACGAUUUGUGAAACAAACAUUUCCUCGCAGCAGCAAUGCAUGUGUUAACUUAGUGAACGACAAGUUGUGUGUGAUGAAUUCAGUGAAGUGAACGCCGAUGGACUAAUGCUGCAACAGAUAAUGAAGAAAUAAUAUAGGUAGCAAAAGUGUAAAAAGAAAAUCUUGCCUCAUCUGUAUUACCAAACUGUAACUCACUUGCUAAUCAUUAUGAGCUAAGAAAUAAAAUGAAAUGAUAUCAUGA